AUGUUCGCGGUUCCAGGAUGGUCAGUCGCAUCCGACGGCCUUAAGGCUGAGACUGUUUCAAAGAAUAAUAACAGCGCGCCCGGCGCAAAGUCCAACAAGCGCAAGCGCAACAACAACGCUGCUGCGCAGAAGAACGUCGACUCUUCAACUGUCGCGGAUCUAUGGGAGUCUGUUAUUGAGGGCAAGAAGCCUGAGAAGCAGGAGCAGCAAAAGUCUGAACAGUCUGCUAAGAGGCAGAAGAAGCAGGGCAAGGGAAAGAAGCCUGAGGGUGAGAAGACUGAGGGCGAGAAACAGCCUCAGGAGGUUAAAGAGGAUGGCGAUGCCAAUGAGGCCGAGGCUCAGCCCAAGCCCAAGAAGCAGAAGAAGGAUAAGAAGCAAAAGCAAAAGCCCGAGGAUACCUCAGCAGAGGAUGUUACUUCGCCCGCAAAGGACGCUGUUGUCAAGGCACCGCUACCUCCUGCUCCUCCCAAGCUCACUUCCCUCCAAGCUUCUAUGAGAGAGAAGCUCAUCUCAGCGCGUUUCCGACAUCUCAACGAGACACUCUACACCCGCCCAUCCGAAGAGGCCUUCAGCUUAUUCGCUGAAUCACCCGAGAUGUUCGAUGAGUACCACGAGGGUUUCCGUCGCCAGGUUAAGGUUUGGCCUGAGAACCCCGUCGACAGCUUCCUCAAGGAUAUCCGCGCUCGCGGCAAGGCCCGUCAACAAGGCAAGGGCAGACCUGGAGCUCCCCCUACGCCUCUCUCCAAGACACCAUUGCCUCGCACACAGCAAGAGUGUACCAUUGCGGAUCUCGGAUGUGGUGAUGCUCGUCUUGCGGAGGCUCUUCAAAAAGAUGACAAGAAGUUGCGCGUCAACGUAAAGAGUUACGAUCUUCAAAGCCCAAGCCCUCUAGUCACCAAGGCCGAUAUCGCCAACUUACCUCUCGCUGACGGUUCCAUCAACAUUGCUGUCUUCUGUCUCGCUCUUAUGGGCACCAACUGGGUCGAUUUUAUCGAGGAGGCUUACCGUAUUCUACACUGGAAGGGUGAGCUCUGGGUUGCCGAGAUCAAGAGCCGUUUCGGUCCCAUUCGAAAUAAGAACGCCCCCGUGACUCACAGUGUCGGCAACCGCAAGAAGAAUGCCAUUGCUGGCAAGAAGGGCAAGGGCAAGGGUGCUGAUAACGAUGCCGAGCACGACGAGGAUUUGGCUAUCGAGGUAGAUGGAGCAGACGACCGCCGCCGAGAGACGGAUGUGUCAGCCUUCGUCGAGGUGCUUAGAUCACGAGGAUUUGUCCUCCAGGGCGACCGAGAGGCGAUCGAUCUGUCCAACAGGAUGUUUGUCAAGAUGCACUUCAUCAAGGGCGCAUCACCGACAAAAGGAAAGCAUGUGAAGGAGCAAGAGCCCCCCAAGGGCAAGAGGCCAAUCAUUCGCAGGAUAGAUCCCAUCGAUGCGGAGCCAGAGGUCAACGAGGCCUCUGUCCUGAAACCUUGUGUCUACAAGAUCAGGUAA